AUGCAUAUUAUAUGCGGGAAGGGGUGCCGGGAUUGGGGCCACGCGUUGACCGGUCUCUCGCAUGGGUUCUGCGGUGAACCGAAAUGGUCGGGAAACUCGACCGGUACUGACAUCCGGGCCAAUCACUCCGGUGUGCGUUCAUAUGUGUACGCACACUGUGGCCAAUCGCACGCGUAUUGCGGCCCAAAUUUAAAGGGUAUUACCGACUCAGUUAUCGAAGAGACUGUACUCGUAUGGAUGCCAUCCCUUAUAUUAUUUGUCACAUCACUGUAUGAAUGGCACAAUCGGUCGCCAGAAGUGAUCACAUCCAGGGGUUCAUCACAUCCCACGACAUGGACUCUACUCUCCAUCACUAAAAUUUGUUUAUCGGGAGUGCUAUUACUGUUAUGCUUUUCCCAACUCUUGAGUGCAAUUAAUGUUUUGAUAAUUAAUCAUAAGAAGCGACCAAAGUGUCCUAAAAUCGGUGCUUCAUUUAUAUCUCGGCUCACAUUUUCAUGGUUUACACCAAUGAUUAUGAAUGGCUAUCGGAAACCAUUGACCACUGAAGACAUGUGGUCGCUGUCCACACAGAAUCAAACUAAACACUGUGUCCAACAAUUUAACAAACAUUGGACCCCUAUUACGGACCCGAUAGACCAAAAUCGAUCGGUAAAUAUAUUUCCGGCAAUUUUACGCACCUUUUGGCCGACACUACUGUACAACGCGUGCCUCAAACUGGCGGCGAGUCUACUGGCCUUCACUCAACCCCUAAUACUCGGGCGACUCAUCGCAUUCAUGACACCCGUGUCAGCUACCGGUGCGGUCACCGCCGCUCCCGAACCCGAAUGGUUGGGCUAUACGUACGCCCUAUUGAUGUUUGUGUCGCCGACUGUAGCGUCAAUACUGGACGGGCACUACGAGUACGGCAAAAGUGUGGUCAUUAUGCGGAUCAAGUCAUGCGUUUCGGCCAAACUAUACGAAAAGUCCCUACGGCUGUCCAGCGCCGGGCGCAAAGAGUUCACCGCCGGCGAUGUUGUCAACCUAUUAUCGAGGGACAUGUCUUACCUGUCGUGUGUAUUCGUCUUCGGCAACAAUCUAUGGCUGAGUCCGUUACAGAUGGGUCUCUGUAUCUACUUAUUAUGGGCACAGUUGGGUGCGGCGGCCACACUGGCCAGCGUGGGUUUUAUGAUACUGUACACACCGGUGUCGUCACUACUGGUGGCCCGCGAACAGCGCUUCUGGGACCGGCUGUUUCGGGGAAAGGGUGGCCGCGUGUCUGUCAUCACCGAAAUGCUGAAUCAUAUGAAAGUGUUGAAACUGUACGGCUGGUGCGGCGCCUUCAGGAACCGCGUGGUUGGGCUCCGGGACGCGGAAAUUGACAUUUUAAGGGCUCUGGUUAGUUUAUGCAGUUUUGUCGUAUUUACACUGAUAUCUGACCAGAAUAUUCUGGACCCAAGUAAAGCUUUCUAUUACGGUGUAAAUAGAGGGUCCGAUUACUAUGAUUCCACCAUUAAUUACUUCAGUUACUAUGUAAAGCGAAUGAAUGCCUAUUUAAACGCUAAUGAAGUGAAUGAGAGUUUCGUUGACCACAAACCCAAUCAAAGGACUCCUAUUGUUAUCAAAAACGGUUUAUUCAAAUGGGAUAACAAUUGCAACGAUUCUGUGCUCAAGAAUAUCAAUAUAGAGAUAGAGAGGCAGUCAUUGGUGGCAGUUGUGGGUCGUGUGGGCGCCGGC